AUUUAUUAAAAAAAUCAACUUUUUCACUAAGUUUUAGCUAGGUCAAGUGCUUGUGACCAAUAUGGGCAAUACCAGUAAUGAUAUGGGUUUCCAAAAGGUCAGAAUAUGAAAAGGCUUGUCAAAUAAUACUAGGAUCAUGCAAGGAUCCACAAAGAUACCUAUUACUGACCUAAAUGCCCAUAUUACUUGCAAAAUAUGUAAUGGUUAUUUUGUAGAUGCUAGUACCAUCAUAGAAUGUUUGCACACAUUUUGCCGCAGCUGCAUCAUUAAGUAUUUACAAAAAAAUAAAUACUGCCCUGUCUGCGAUGUACAAGUACACAAAUCAAAGCCAUUACUCAACAUCAGACCUGACAAAACUCUUCAGGACAUUGUCUACAAACUUGUACCAAGGUUAUUUCAAAAUGAAAUGCAAAGAAGAAGACAGUUCUAUGAGAGUCAUCCAGAAGCAAAACCUUCGAGUUUGGAGCAGUGUGGUGAAGUUGCUUAUCAGUAUCUGUUGACUCCUGAAGAAACUAUUUGCCUUACUCUUAGUUAUCAUGGAGCAGACAACAAACCAAGGUACUUGAGGUGUCCCGCAGCAGUCACUAUGGGACACCUGAAGAAAUUGAUUCGUGCUAAAUAUGACUUAUCUGAAAAUCAUAGAGUCGAUAUUCUCUACAAUCAAGAUUGCCUUAGUUCUUCCCUAACUUUAAUUGAUAUAGCUUAUAUUUAUUUAUGGAAAAGGAAAGGACCAAUAGAACUUACCUACAGAAUUUACGAAAAUACCGCUAAAAAAUUGAAACUUGAUCAUCCUGACGAUGUGGAAAAGUUAGACAUAAACAAUAUUAACAAUAACGAUAUCUGCAACAAUAAUAAUUGGAAGGAGGUGCAACUGAGGAUAAGUGAGAAUGGAGAAAUGUCCAUAACUGGUAUACAAGAUUCCCUCAGUCCUAGUUUGUUGGAGAUUGUAAAUAGUGAACCAAAGUACAAAAAUGAUGUGGGGGAUCCAAAAGUGCUGGUAAAACAACAACAAAUAAAAAAAGAGUUGCCUGGUUUGAAAUACAUCGGAAAAGUCAACACCCCUUGUACAUUACCACCCGCUACAUCAAAUCCACUUCCAAUUGAUAAUCUCAACAACUUUACGGCGAAUAUUGGAAAUUUUGUUAACACAAUAAGUACAACUGUCCCAACUCUCACCUUACCAAUAGUUAGUGAUCACAUAAUACUUUCCCAACCAUCGCCCUCUAGCAGUUGUGCUACACUUUCUUCUGGAAGCACCACGACGGUUUUUAGUACAAUAAAUACUUCAAAGUGUAGUACAAAAACAGAAGAAUCAGUUGUAAAUGUAGCUCAUACCGAAGAUAAUAAAGAGAGAGAAGGAGAGAAAGGAAUAAAAAGAAAAAUAGAUGCUCACGUUGAAUCCGAACCACCUGCAAAACAACCUAAACCGAUCAUAUUGAACCACAACAUUGGUUUGCACAAUUUAUCGAAUAACCACCCUCUGAUGAAGCAUGCGAAGAUGAAUCGAAACGGUGAAAACGUACGAGAUCUUCCCAAUACGAAAAUCUCAUUUGAUUCUGAUAUAAAAUCCACUGAAGCUACCUCAAUUUUGACCAAAUCCAAUGAUAUCGAAAUUAUAAAACACACUUUUAAUAAAAAAACGGAUGUGGAUACUUCGAAGAUCACUUUGAACAAAAAUUUUGCUCACGGUAGAAUGGGGAGUUCCACGUCGACUUCCAAGCCGCUGGCGAUGCGUGCGAAGACCUUGAUCAGUGAGUCAGGGGUUAAACCGCCUUGUUACCAACCUAGGACUAUUUAUAAUCCUUUGAUCAACGUGCCAAGGCCGUUAAAUAAUUUGAACUCUGCUCCCGCUGUUAGCAUUUCUUUAAAAACAGAUGCACGAACUACUUCCCUUUGUUCAACGCGGACAACGCCCGUUAAAAAAACCGACAAAUCAUCUCCCAUCGCUUCUAUUUCCAUAACAUCACAACCCACCAUAAAUUCCACUCCAAAAUCCUUAAAUACUUCCCAACCGCAGCCUAAUCACACGAUCACCAAGCCCACAAGCAUCGUCCUUAAUAUUUCAAAUAAACCACAAAGCAGUAGUCCAACGCCUCUAAGUCAGCCUGUUGUCAGUACAUCAAAUAAGAUACCAAGUAUUAGUCCAGCUCAACAGGCUCAAGCUCAGUGCAACUCAAGUGGGAAUAAAGUACCAAGUACUAGCCCGUCUCAAGUUUCUCCAAAUUCAAAUCAGGGUAUCAACAAUAAACUUCCAAAUACUAGUCCAUCCCAUCAGCUGCAACCCACGCAGAGUACCAGUACUAAAACAUCAACGACCACCAACACCACACCUCCGCAAAGCUGUCAGAACGCUGUCGCGAAGACGCCGAACAGUACAGUAAAGGCCAAACCCAGCACGCCUAUUGGAUACAAAACGUUGCGGGAUCCCCCUAAGAGUUGGAACUCUCAAAUCUCCAAAGCGAAUCUGAGCAAAUCUAGUCCUGAUCCCAAAUAUCCGGAUCUAAAAAACGUCAGGCCUGCCAAGUUCUUUAAGAUGAGGAAUAACAUGCCUAGAUAUUUGGGCAACCCAGCAUCAGGGGUGAAACCAAUGUACCAAGUCCAUGUCAGUCCGGAAAAAGAUAAAUCACAGGAAACCAUGAAAACGGAAAAAUCCGAAAUAAAAAAGCACUCGAUCGUUAAAAUCGAUCCGAAAACCUUAAAACCUGUAUCGGAAAAAGCUCCAGAGACUACAAGCCUCAGCAAUCACAGCAUAAUUUUGCAAACACCAAAUUUGAACCCACACAAUUUAACAACCCAAAUGGGUCAGCUUUACCCCAAUCCCAGUCAGUGCCUGAACACAGCUGUUACUACUAUGAAUAGCAGUUUGCUGAACAUCCAAAACGAUUUGAAAAUCAACACUAGCUCAGUUUCCAUCACCAAUCCACUCAAGUUGCAGAGUUCGUCGCCCAAGAACGAGAGGAAAUCACCCAAGAGCCCGCAUUCGCCGAAGAUGAAGACUACUAGUUCACCUACCGGAAACAAGAGAGAUAAUAAGAUCGCUCGAAAUUUCACACCACCCAACCCCUUUGUUCCGAAUAUCCCAACAAAACCUUCCCUUAGUCCGAAUCAAUUCAUAUAUCCGGCCAUGCCGCCUGGGUUUCCCACGUAUGAUCCCCGAGUCAUGGCCGCCUAUUACAACCAGUGGUACAGCCAACGGAUGCCGUUCUCACCUUCGGCUCUUUCGGGGUUGACUUUGGAUUUGAAUCAACGGAAGAGUUUGGAGAUGCUGACGUCGCCCGGUAGUCCCAACAUAGACGUUUUGGCGCAGUCGAUGAUUAAUCACCAGAUGCCUUCGAGGCCCAUCCCACCAACUUCCACAAACAUAUCUACAUUACAAAGAAGCCAUAACAUACCUCUUUCGCCUACCAUCACCAAACUCCCAUCGACGCACAAAAAAGUCCAAAAAGAAUCGAAAACCGACAAAAGCCUUGAAACGGUGGUCGAAAAGAUGACCCAAAAUCGCAACAAGAUCACCACUAAAUCUCAGAAGGAACCGGAAGUCAGUAAGACGUCGGCGCCGCCCUCUUUACCGGAAACGCACACAAACGACGUCGAUAGCGGGAAGAAAACCAUGGACCAAAAACCGGAGCUCAAUAAAAUAGAAAUAAACGAUUGUGGAACAAAUCAGUUGUUAAAAAUUGCGACUAGCAAUACGGAUAAAAAUGUACAACAAACUAGUGAUAAGGAUUUUAAGGUUGAACAAAAAUCAAAAGAACCUUUAAAAUCUUCCAGUAAUUCUAAAAUAUCGGUUCAAACGGAAAGCAAACCCGAAAAGGCAACGGAACCGCAUGAAAAAGAGAAUUCCAAUACCGAAAACAAUGUACAAAGCAAAGAAAAAUUAGUAGACAGGAAAAGUGAAGUUAUAAGUACGGAAGACAGUGCGGAUAAGAGAGAAAAGGUAGCGGAAGUAGAGAUAAAAGAAAAAGAGUGAGAAAUUUAAUUUGUAUAUAUGGGGGAAUGUUUUUUUUUGUUGAGAAAUUUGCAUAUAGUCAUAUGUUAACACAGUAGCAAUCAGCAUAUCAGUCUGCAGACGUUGCGAACUCUUUUUUUCUCCCGCCGUAACGUUUUUGGUAAUGUCAAUUGUCAUUUUGGCAAGACCAAAUGACCCGGAAGAUUUAAAAUGUACUAAUCAGCGUUUACUUUAUUCCCUGUACCUUAUGCAGCCGGCAAUCUUUGCUUCUGGAUACUCCGUUUUUUUUUCUGUAUUUCCAUGAUAUGUUUCCCAUCAGAAUUAAACGUUGCACAUCAAUAUAAUUUAUUGAUCAAUUUUCACCACGGUGUAACUAGAAGGUGUUUCAACAACAAAUGAUAAAAUUGAUCAGAGUAUGAGUAAAAAUCCGCUAGUGUAUUUACAGCAAAUAAUAUGCUGGUUCAUUUUUAACUUGUUAUAAAUACAGUCGUGCAAAUCAGUUUAUUUUAGCUUUUAUCAAGUGAAAAAUUCAACUAUAGUCUGAUUUUUAUCAUUUCGAUCCCUUAGUUUGCAAACCUUCCAAGUCACAAAUUAUGUUUUUUUUUUUCAGGAGGCAAAAAUAUUACUAUUUUAAAAAUUUCAAAAGUCCAUUGGUGGAUAAUUUGUUUUGUAAUUUUAAGGUAAUCAGUACAUUCUAAAAGUUUUUGGUAUUUUUAAGUUAUUUAUUAUAUAUUAAAAUUAAAAGGUUUUCAUAAUUAAGUAAAUGGACUUAGGUUUGUGAACUAAGGCAUCGAUAUAUUUAUUAUUAUCAUCAUUUAUCACUUGAACAUACAAACAAAAUAUCUUAAUUGGCAGAUUUACUUUAAUUUACUGAAAAUAAAAAUCUAUUGAAACCUUUUUUUACGUUUAUUGCAGUCAUAGUUUUAUUCAUUAUCUUGGCCCUCAUCAUUAAUAGGAUUAAAUCAAGCCUCGGACUAAAAAAUAUAUUUUUUCUAAUUUUGAUGUAUAAAGUGACAUUUUUUGUAAUCGCAGCAAGUGUCAAAAUGAUUUACUUUACGUAACCAAUUGCCUAAUGUUGAACAUUAUGAAACUGGUUACAAAAUAGCGAUUUAUGAAACCGGUUAUGAAAUAGCUAUUUAUGAAAACGAUUACGAAAUGCCUUAUUUUAUGUAAUGAGUGAAUAUUUACGGGACGAGCAAAGCGAGGUCCCGCAACAUGAACGAGUUUAUAUCAAAGAAGGAAGGGUUGACUAUAUAAAAAUUGAAUUUGGUUAGUGAACUUACAACCUAGUAAUAAUGUUGUUUUGGGCCUUGUUUUCCAUUCUAAAUCAGCACAAAAUAAUUAAAACACAAUACACUACAAAAUAACUCACUCUCUUGAGAAUUAAAUAAUUUUAAUAAGCAAUAUAAAGACUCUACAAGUCGUUGAUAAUAAAUUAGUAUGACUUUCUAUUUGUCAAUAAAAUAAAUGAAGUUAUACAUAUGCAACUAACAAUACAAGAAAUUAGUAAUAUUGGUUGCCUAGUAAUUGGUUGUCAGUAUUUUUUUUACCAAAACUCGUUCAUGUUGCGUGACCUCGCUCUGCUCGUUCCGCAAAUAUUCACGCGUUACAUAAAAUAAGGCAUUUCGUAACUGGUUGUAUAAAUAAUAGCUAGUAUUCUGAAUAUAAAUACUGUAGCUAAAUUUUUUUUUUGAAAUUAUCUUGACAAUCAUUUCACUUUAUCUAGGAGUAAUUUAAUUGAAAUUUGGGGUAUAUUUAUUAUAUCUUAAAUGUUCGCUUAGCUUCCUAGAUGACUUCCGUUUUCUUCUAUCGUUUUCAUCAUACUAGUUCCUCCAUCUUUUGCUGGGUCUUCCGAUGUUCCAAUUCCGAUAUAAGAUUUGUCUUUAUACUAGCUGUCUUCUGUCAUUCUGCUACUCUUUCUUUCAUUUUUACCUUGUAUUGUACUGUGAUUGCAAUGACGUUAAAACUGACUACCACUUAGACAAUCCGUCAUCUCAAAAAAAAAACCAAUAUGAACUACGAUUUGCAAACAAUACAAAUACAUUUGACAAACAAAGUUAGUUAACCUGACUAGUGUUUUUAAUGUAAAUUACGACAAAUUUGCAAAUUGUGGACUUUGGAACUGUUGAUUUGAAGAUUCUAAAAUCUAAAACAGUGUUUCUCAGCCUUUUGUAGAGCGAGGAAUCCUGGAGUACUUCUAUUUUUUUCUGAGGAACCCCUUAGCACCAAAAUAUGAAAAUAUUCAUUUUUUAUCACAACAGCAUCAUCGUGCUACUUUUAUAGCUUCCAAUAAAAUCAAAAAAGAACUGUGAGAACAAAAUAAUAAUAAAUUAUUAUAAUUAUUAUUUUGCCUUCGACUUCCGCGGAACCCAUUACCACCAUUUGGUGGAGAAAUUCGUGUAGGAGAGCCAUCAUUUAAAAACACUAAUUGUAAAGAAUCUAAAGAAUUUAUUGUAUUUUUACCGUUUGAGCCAACACACAUGAUUACAAUUUAAGUCCCCCAUAAUCAAAAGAGGUUUGUUAGACCAAUUAUUUUUGGAAAUAAAUAUUCACUAAAUUUAAUUGGCAGUGGAGCAGAUAGAUGGCUUGAACUUGAGUUGGAUGAUCUAGAGAGUAAUCUAUUAGAAGAGGCUGAAAAUCUAAAUUGUUUUUAAUUAAACAGGCUAUACCUCCAUAGCCAUCCAAUCUAUCAUUUCUCAAUGUUUGGUAAUCUCUACACCUUAACCUAUAAUCUUCCUUCAUCCAAGUUUCAUUAAGUAGGAUUAUGUCUGGAUUGUGGUCCUUAAUUAGGAUCUUUAGAUUAUCUAUGUUUGAGUUAAAAGAGCGAAUGUUCCAUUAAAUAAUGGUUAAUGGAUCGAAAAGCAUAAUAAUAGAUAAUUAGUACUCUGAAUCUUCAGAGUACUCCAUUAGACCUGACUGAGAGAAAGAAUUUGAAGGUACUGCUGGACCUGUAGAAGCAUUGGGGGUUGUGAUACAGAAUAAAAAGAGUUGAUAAUAUUACCUAUGAAAGUCAUGACUAACUCCUUGUGUUGGUCCGAUAAGUUAAGGCUUGAAUAACAUCUAUUUUAAUAUUAUUUCCUUCCUUAGGCCGAAAGGGAGACGAUAGGGGUCGAGUUGGGAGACUGGAUGAUCUUUCCGAUGUACUAAUUAUGCAUUCUUGAUGCUUUUUCUUAUCAUAUUCAUCAUCUUUCGUUUUGGCGUUCUUAUUUUUUUGACUGUAGGUGGGUAACCUUGUAUUAGACAAGGCUUCUGAUCUUUUUUGGGAGACUGGGAUACCAUUUUGAUUUGUAUCCCUGUUGGGAAGAGCUGGAAAGUCAUUAAUAUUAGGGAUAGGGUUUUCUGUAUUUUUUUGGAAUUUGUUGGUUGGCUUCGAAAUAAGAUAUGUUCGAAAAUGACAUUAGUUGCUUGAUUUCUUUUUGUCUAUUAUAUUCAGGGCAAUUAAACUCGUUGGAACUAUGUUCCGUAGAUUUACAAUAAAUACAAUACUUACUGCAAGUAACAUCUGACUCAUGGGAUUUACCACACUAUGCAUUUGGUCUUUCCUCUACAUUGAUUAAUACGAUGUCCAUAAUGCAAGCAAUCAUGACAUUGUAUUACUGGGGUGAUAUAUGGUACAACUCUGACUAGGAGACCAUACAUUGAAAUUUCUUUAGGAAUCAUUUUUCCUGAAAAAGUAACACAAAUCGUACUUGUUGGUACAUAGGAGAUUUCUUUACGGGAUUCCACAACUCUUCUGUUUAGACGUUUGACUUGAAGAAAUUUACAAUUCACUAAAUGAGUUUCAGUUGCCUCUUUAAUUUCAUCAUCUGUAAAAGAUCUGUCCACAUACCUUACAAUCCCUUUGCAAGAGACAUUGUGUGAUGGAAUAAAAACUUCAGAACCUUUAUUUUCCAUUUCUUUAUCCUCUAUAAAUUGGUAAAGAUCGCACCAAUACUGUUUUUCCCUUUUCUUACUAUUUUGAGGAUAUCCUUCAGUUUCAGAUUAAAAAUGGUUUUUGUUAUACUUAGUAUAUGAAGAUUUCCUAGAUUAUUUGUUUUACCUUGGACAUACACUUCGAAGGGGCCCGAGUCUGUGUUCGAAUACAAGUUUUUAACCCUCGUCGGAGGAUACGGCGGAUCCUUGACCCCCAACUCUUGUGGGUUGGAGGUUAAGUUAACCUCUAUUUGUUAAGUGUUACAAAAAUAUGUUUAUAUACAAUUACUAAAAAUAUGAGGAAGAAAAGGGUUGAAACUACACAGGAUGGUGUUAGUAUAGCCCAAAUAACAAAAGAUUGUUAAAUGUUCACUGACAGCGAUGUUUACACUUCGGAUGUCAAAGCAAAAGUCGUUUUAACAAUAUUUGACAUAUACGUUUUUAUUGUUUUUAAUAAAUAUUGUUUGCGGGUCAUAAAAAGUAAUUUAAAGGUAAAUAAUUGGUUAUUAAAUGAUUAUAUACUUGAAGCAUAUUAUUUAUUUACUCUAUAAAUAUAUUUAUAAAAGUUUUAUAACAAUAUUAUUAAACGCACUGUCACUGCAAUUAUCAGUGGAACCAAAAUUACGUCAUCAUUAAUUUAGCAUAUUUGUAGAGUGUUUGCCAAUCGUCCAUCAUAAUACAAUACUUCAAAAGAUACGCGUAUACCAUUAAAAUAUAGUUUAAAUAUUAAAAUUUACUUUUAAGUUUUUUUUUUUUAAAUUAAUCCUACAAUGAAAUAGUUUCCAAAUAAAACAAUGUUUAAGUGGUAACAUGACAAAGCAGGUUUGGAUAUUCAACUCUUUUGCCUCAAAAUAUACCUAAUUAAGGUACGUUUGGAGCCAAAAGAGUUGCUUUAGAAACCCAUUAAAAAUUGUUGACAACUAUGACAGCUGUUGCUUUGUUUUGUUUGAAAUCAGAGUGACGUUGCAGUAUCACUGGGUAUUUAGGAAGUCAUGUAAACCUUAGAAAGUAUCUUUUUGGAUCGGACUGUGUGAAAUUAUCUUGAAGUUAAGUUUGUGGGCUGCUUUGGUAACAGCAACUUUUUUAAUGAUUGACGUUUCCAAAAAUCCCAUAAUUCCGAAAUAAAAAUAAUUUUCAAAAAAUAUAAUUAUUGUAAGCAGAAAUAUAUCAAUAAGUUAUAUGUUAUAAUACAGUGUGUUAUCAAUUGCUUGUACAUGAGGAUUUAAAUUUAUGAAAAAUAAAGCGUGAUAAUGUACUUGCAAUUUUUAGCAUCCGGUAUGAUUGAAACUCUGCCUUUUGCAGUCUUGGCUCCGCAUUAUAUUUUGUUUUACUUAAAACUUUUAAGAAUUGAUGCACUAUUAGUAUGCGUGUAUACAAAUAUCGUCAUAAAAGAAAUAAAUCGUCCAAUUCCACAUUUUUGCAAAUAUUUUUACGUAAUUGACAGUUUUUUUUUAAAUGGAUUGUGUGAAACGUGACACUAGGCAGUACUCGUCUAUUAUACAUAUAAUUAAUGAUACGCAGCAAAACUGGGUAAAAAUAUUGCGAUUUAACCAAACUUGCCUUAGUUCCAAAAGUUAAUAACCGAAAUACAGGGUAAGGUGUCAAAUUUUUAUGUUCAUUUAGUUUUUUUUAUUAUUAUUUCAUCAACAGGGCGAGAAAUGCAAAUUCUUAAUUUGAAUGCCACUUGUAGAGGGAGCCACUUGAAAUAUCUUUAACCCGUAACCAGUGAGGUGCAAUAUCAGUUACAUUAAGCAGAGACUAAUUUUUUCAAAGCAAUAUAUCAAAGAAAUAAUUAUUCUAAAAAAAAAAAUAUCACAAUAAGUCGCAACUUAAUGAACAUUAUUGGUUCCUGUUGAAUUUUAUGAAAAAAAUUACAAAAUUAUUUUAUUAUGUAACAAAUUCAAACAUUCGCAUUUGGGCUGUGUAUAUAUAGAUAUACAGAAAUUUUGCAAUAUACAACAAAUGCUUUUUUUUUAGUUAACCUGAGGCGUGUGUGAUUAAAAAGGUACUAAUAAAUGGUUUCUUAGCAAAAAAAACAUUUAUUCAGUUUCAUAAAUUUUGACAACAGUCAACUACAUUAAUUUCAAACUAUAAUUCUUAUUUACAUUCUAAUUUUUAGAAACACUUUGUAUACACAUUUUCUUGCUACAUGACAAACAAAUUGGUUUCUUACAGUCAUAGCACAUAUAAUAUGUCUUUCUAUGCAGUUUAGAUGGGCACAGAUAACAAUAUUUCCGAAACUCUAAUUUCUCUUCAGCGGGAAAUGGUACUGGUUCUUGAAUUCCAACUAUUCUUUUUAUCAUAAUCCUCACUUCUAAACUAAUUCUUGGAUUUUCAUAACGACUUCUCAUAAAUGGUUCAGUUAGAGACUUUUUUCAUAAAAACUAAUCUGGAUAUAAUUUCUCUCUUCUUAAAGCAGUAGUGUAUGACAUAUGCAUAGUUCUUUCACCAAUUGGAGGGAAUAAAACAAAUUGUCUGCAGUAAUGUUCCUAUUACUUCCAUAAAUGGGCGUUGCAGAUUAUGUGGGAAUGGUUAAUUUACGUUCUUGAUUUAAAAGACCUACUCCAUCAGAAUCUUUUCCAGUAUAACUGUAUCCAUUAAAAGCAUAAUGUGUCUUGGCGUCUUUUAACAACAUAACUUUUAUUCCAUAUUUUCGUGGUUUAUUCGGUAUAUAAACUCGAAAUUUGCCCCUAAAUCCUACCAACAUCUCAUCAAUAGAAGCAUUUGUACCAAUGCUAAAUAAAUUUUUGGAAUUUUCAAAAAACAUCAAAAAUUUUGUUUAUAUGAACUGCCGGUGUCUGUCAGUUUCUCCUUUUUUUUAGGGUCAUCAAAUCUCAAGCAAUUUAUCUUUUCCCCCUCAUAAUAGCCCUAAACAUUUCUCUUGCGGUUCCAUCCGCCUUAAACAUAACAUCAAUGUCUUCAUCAUUGGACUUGAAAAUGGCUGUAUAUAUCAGGAGAUCUAACAAUGCUCUUAUUUCAGUGCUAUCAGUAUUUUUUAAAUCUGCCCGUUUUUCAUUUGCAUACUUUGUGCGCAUCUCUUCGAUUUUUAAAUUUGUAUACGGUACUAUACUGCCGUCCUAAAAACAGAUGCCGCCUCUACUGAGAGCGUCAAGCGGUGAAAAUAAGGUUUAAAGUUAUUUCUUUAGAUGGUAAAGUAUUCAGAUGCGGCUAAUUAUGUUGUAUUUUUAAUAUUUCGGAAACACAUACGGCAUUUCUACUUGGCAAGAAGUUAAUUUAGCUUGCCACGAACCUAUUGAUAUAAAAACUUCAAAAUCCAAUUUUUUGUAGGACGGCAGUAUAAUAGUGUUUAUCAUAACUUCAUUGAACAAGAGGUUCCAUAUAUUUUCUGGAUUAGCCUUUUCUCCUAGAAUACGUGCAGGUUCCUUCAAUCCUGGUAGGGUCAUAACUAUAUUAUGUUGAGCAGUUCGAACAUUUCUGACCACUGGUUCUUCGACUGCCAUUUUCGCAGAUCUUUUCUAUAAAAGUAUCUUUUUCUUUUUUCGUUUCUUUAUUUACUUCUUCAUUUGAUUCAUUUUCUUCAUUUUCAUCUCCAUUCCGAUUAUUUUCAUCUUCUGACGCUGAUUCAUCACUUUCACUUGAAGGUCGAUAGAGGAUUUCUUCUUCUCCAUCUUCAAUAUUAGAUAAAUCAGAAUCUGCUUCAUUGUACCACUUUAACACGAUACUUUCAAACAUUUUUUUCGUAGGACGAACACCAGUAGAGGUACUAGGCCGUAAGUCCAUCUGAAAAUAUUUAAUAUUACCCAAAAAUAUAAAACAACAUACAACGCAAAAACUUACCUUAACGGUGACGUGGAGCCAUAGAGACUUCGAUUUUUAUUUUAGACUUGUUCUGUUUAUAUGUUUAUAUCGACUGAAUUAGGCAUUCCAAACAAAAUGGCUGCCCGUUUGAAAUGACAGCCCACUGACAGACACAUGAUAGGUUAUAAUAUGACAACACUGUAAGCCUGGUAAUUUGAUAGGGUCAAUGCAAUAGACAGUUAUAUAAUUUGAUCAUCCAUGGUUUAAAAAAUAAACAUACGCUUAUGCCUUGAAGUAAAAAUGUAAGCAAUUAUUUUUUUUUAAAUAUUCAAAGGCUGGUUUUAAAACACAUUUUUGCUAAACUUUCUGCUAAAUAUGGCUGAUCGCAAUUGACCCGCUUUGAGCAAUCUAUUUAACUAUAUAGGUAUCACUGACCUGGUUAAUGACAAGAUGCCCACAGGGUUGCCAUAUCUUAACUGUCAGAUCCCACUGGUAGCCAUUUGGACAGGUCGUUGGAAUGCCUAAUGCUAUGACUACUUAUGGGAUCUUUUAACUUUGUGGAUCCCAUCUUGUAAAUAAUAUAGCGGUUUGUAAAAGGGUAUAUAUUAAUAUAAUGAAAUAGACAAUUCCGUCAUGACAGAAAAUUAUAUAUAUGACAUUUUUCUUUUUUUAAUAAAUAUUAAUGCUUGGCAACCGAGGUCGUCAAGUAGAUAGAUAGGGUGCACUUAAAUCCUGCCUCCCACUAAGCUGCCUUAAUAGGUAAUAUUGAUAUGUGUGGCAUGGGUGUGACAUGUAUCAAUAUAUUAUGAGUUGGAGUUAGUAUGUAGUGCUUCCAAGGCGCUACAAUAAUUGUAGGUAGCAGGAAAUCAGAAUUUCAGUAAAUAAUUAUAAUUUUAUUUUAAAAUAUAAAAAAACAUAUGAAAAAUGUUGUGUCGAGGUACGUCUUGUCUUGUCUUUUUUGAAAUCAGUAAUCAAUCAGUUUUUUGUUUCCUUUUUCCAUGGUUACCAUCCAUCGGAUAAGUAGGGUGCUAGUGUACGCAGCUAUCGACCAAGAUCAUAAUAUAUGUGAUAUUAUAAUGAUGCCAUCUGAUAUUGACACUUGACCAACCUCAAAUAAAAACUGACUAAUAGCGGAUUCGACUCAAAUGCUCUUGCUCGAUGACAAAGCGCUUUCAGUUCUGAAUUGAUUUUGGGCAGCAUUUUUAUAAUUCAAAUUCAUAUCUAGCAGUGCAUACAGCAAGCACGAGCUAGAGUUCGACAAUGGUGUAGCGCAUCUUUAUCCUUAUUUGACUGGCACAGUUAGAACUUGACAUUUUAGGUUUCUAACAAAUUUUAACGAUAAUCAUUUAUAGUUGCCAAACCAAAAAUUAAAUCUCUAUUAAUUUCAAAGAUUUUCCUUUCUCACUAAUAAUAGGGACAAAGAUGGUAAUAUAUUUAAAGAUAUUAAAUAAAUCCUAACCUCCAAAAUGACACUGGCACUGAAAAAAAGUACAGUUUCAAAAAAUUCGAACUUUGAGCAAGAGCGCCUGCCAGUCGAACAAAAAUUUCACUGUGCCUUGGUACUGAGCAAUUUCAGUCGAAUGCAAUAAUUGACUUUUAAUUAAUUAGGUUCUGCCAGUCGAACAAACAUCACUUAAAAAAGUCGAACUAAAUGCGCAUUAAUGCAGCCAGUCGAAUCCGCUAUAGGAAACCUUAAAAUAAAUUGACGUAAAAGUUAAAACUAAAGGUAAGACUAUGUGGUGCUAUGAUGUCGCCACAUAACCUUCCCAGGUAAUACUGAUAUGUGUGGCAUGGGUGUGACAUGUAUCAAUAUAUUAUAAGUUGGAGUUAGUAUGUAGUGCUUCCAAAGCGCUACACUACUGAUCAUAAUAAUGAAGGUACAUAAGCGCCCACAAAAAUCAAGGUCACCGCCAGAAAUGUACAGCUGUUACAAAAUCUUUAGGAGUCUGCCUGACUACACGUCACCGGUUACGGGUUAAAAUGAUAAAAAUUUAUUGUGCACGGUAUAUUAGCCUAAAUGUUAAAUUUGAUGUAUUUUCCACAAAAAAGUAAACUUUGUAAAUUUCGUACCGAGCACAAAAAAGUUUGGUAAUUUUUAAGAGAUUUCAUGUGGCAUUCCAACUAAGAACGGAUUUGAUAUUCUCGUUUCCAAAAACCCUUAAAUUUAUAAUUUCGUGCCGGUAUGUCGUCCUGUUGAUGAAAAAUAUUAAGAAAAAAAAGAAAUGAAAAUUACAACUUUGUCACUCUGUAUUUCGGGUAUUAUCAACUUUUGGACUAGGGUAAUCACAAUAUUUUUACUCGAAGAAUCUGCAGUUUUGCUGUGUACCCAGCUCCCAGAGUACUAAGAGCUUUAGUUUUAGAUAUAAAUUGAUUUAAAAUAGGUCAAUAUGGAGAUGGCGCUGCGCUCAAUAUUUUUUUUCGAUGGGAGGAUCUUGUAUAGCGCAUCUUGUAAAACAUGAAUUUUUAAGCAGAUUUUGUUCUAUGAACAAAUUUGAUAAAUCUAGCCAUUUUUGAUACACAGAAUGGGUAACUCAAAACAGUUUCAUUCUGUUUUUCAGCAUUAAUCACUGGAUUUUAGGAAAAUGCUAAAACAGGUCGAUUUUCAUUCCAAAUUGAAAACAUUUUACAAUACAGACAUCUGUCAUGUGUCAACCCCCUGCCUUGCACUUAAAUAGGUACCAUGUAGGCACAUCAAUGAUAGGUAAUUUCAUAGGGAAUUCAAAAAUAUGUAUGUACAUUGCGUUACUUAAAUUUUAGCGCCCUCUAGUGGGAUAAAAAUUAUUAUAAAGUGUGACACCUUAUUUGAAAGCAAAUUUAAUUACUAAUUCAAUGUACCACAUAACAUUAAUAUAUUUAUCCUCCAUAUUGCACUUGCAAUAGUUUGAAAAUUAGUCAUGCAUUAUUUUAAAUAUUGCUAACUUUAUUUUGUUGCAAGUGCAGUAUGGAAAUAUUUAUAAUAAUGUUAUAUCGUGCAUUGAAUUAGUAAUUAAAUUAGCUUUCAAAUGAAGUGUCACACUUCGUAAUACGUUAAAGGUUUUUUUAUUCCGAUAUAGGGUGCUAAAAUUAAAAGUAUCGUAAUAAACAGUCAUAUUUCUGACUUCCCCAUAAAAUUACCUUUUCAAUUAUGUGCCGUACAUGGUACAUUCCUCAUUUAAAAUUAGGGAAGGGGUUGACACACGAAAAAUGUCUGUAUUGUAAAAAUGUGUUUCAAUUUAGAAUACAAAUUGACCUGAUUUAACAUUUUCUUAAAAUCCAAUGAUUAAUACAGAAAAAACAGGAUGAAACUGUUUUGAGUGACCCACUCUGUAUAUCAAAAAUGGCUAGAUUUAUCAACUUAGUUUAGAACAAAAUCUGCUUAAAAAUGCAUUUUUUACAAGAUGCGCUAUAUAAGAAAAGCCCUUCCACCGAAAAAAAAAAAAAAUGAGUGCAGCGCCAUCUACAUAUUGACCUAUUUAAAAUUAAUUUAUGUCUAAAACUGAAGCUCUCUUAGCGCUCUAUAUACUGGCUUUUACAGUGUUAAAAUAUCUCUAUUACUUUCCAAAAUGUCCGGCCUGGGAGUUUUAUUGAUUGAUAUGAAAAUGAUACUCAUAGCAUUAUACCCAGCCCUCAAAAACGGUGAAGAACAUAGACGUGGGAUUAGCGUGUCAUUUGUGGGGGAAAACUAGCGGGCAUAUUUAAAAAAAUAUUUAUCCAGUGUGUUCCAUAAAGUUGGAUCCAUAUGGGAUUUUUUUUAACAUUACAAUAGGAAAAAAUCGUAAGACAUUCAACUCUGCUUUUUUUAAAACUUAAAAUAGCCCAUAUUAAAGUUGGCUAGGUAAUGCAUUAGUUAUCUGUCAAAUUCAGUAUUUUUUUUUUAAAAAAUAGUUCAAUUUUUUUUUUCUAAUUCGAAUUUGAGUUAAAUCACGUCAAGUGGACCCCCCAUUUUCCACUUGAUCAUCGAAUUCAGGUAUCAGUAUUUUUUUCAUGAAGUAUUCCCUAUAAACAAUUAAUCCCCAAAACAGUUUUAAAUAAUUUUCAUUUUAACAACAAUUUUUGUAUUAAUGAAAAUUUUUAUGACUUUUAGUUAAAAAAUUGAUAAUUAAAAAACUAUUAGAGAUAUUCUAAUGAAACUUUCAGGAUUUAUAGGUCAAUACUUGUAUUUUGAUAAAAUGUGCAAGAG